AUGUCGUGAGUCCCCUAGCAGUGAUGAACCUUUUUCUUGACGAUUGCUGAGUCUUGUCCUCUAAGAAGUUCUGACUGGAUUCAUUCUGUCUAAAAAAUCUUGUCUAACGUGUCUUUCUUCUCAGGAGCAAAAUCCCCAAGGAUGUCUUGGCGAGGGAGAUUGGAGACAUGCUGAACUUCAGCAAGAAGACGAAAAAGCGCAGAUUUGUGGAGACUGUAGAACUCCAGGUUGCCCUGAAAAACAUUGAUCCACAGAAGGAUCGGCGUUUUUCUGGCACUGUCAAGUAAGUACCAUCGUGCAUCGAUGGGAGCCUCUGGCGGACCCACACCCAGGGUCUUAAAUUAUUGGGCAGGCUUAUAGCCGUCUCUGUUAUAUUGCAGACUAAAGCACAUCCCGCGCCCCGGAUAUUCUGUUUGCGUUCUUGGUGACCAACAGCAUGUUGAGGAAGCUAGGGCCAGCAACAUUCCCGCCAUGGACAUAGAAGAACUCAAAAAACUCAAUAAGGACAAGAAGCUUGUAAAGAAGCUAAGUGAGUGACUCUCCUUUUGUUUCAUAGUCCUAGGUAAGCGAUAUAACGCUUUUCUCGCAAGUGAGGGCGUUAUCCGCCAGAUUCCGCGAAUUCUGGGUCCUGGCCUUAACAAGGCUGGCAAAUUCCCAACUGUCGUUUCCCAUUCGGAGCCGCUCGCCCAGAAGGUUGAGGAAAUGAAAGCCACCAUCAAGUUUCAGAUGAAGAAAGUCCUUUGUUUGGGUGUGGCCAUUGGCAAUGUGAGGAUGAGCGAGGAGCAGAUCCAGCAGAACGUUACUCUCGCAAUUAACUUCCUUGUGUCGCUGCUCAAGAAGAACUGGCAGAACGUGCGUGCUCUGUACAUAAAGAGCUCCAUGGGCCCGCCUCACCGUAUUUACUAA